AGAUAACAAAAUAUUAAUUAAUAUUUUUCAGGUAUACCUUAUGCUCUUCAUCAAGCUGGAUUCGGAUUUGGAAUAAUAUUAUUAAUACUGAUAGCAGGUCUAACUGACUAUUCUUUAAUUUUAAUGGUUAGAAGUGGCAAUAUAUGUGGUGAAAUGAGUUAUCAGGGUUUAAUGAGAGCCAGUUUCGGUCGUACGGGGUUUUAUAUUCUUACAAGCCUGCAAUUUAUUUAUCCUUUUAUAGCAAUGGUCUCUUAUAAUGUUGUCGUUGGUGACACAGUAACAAAAGUGUUAAUAAGAAUAACAGGUAUAAGUGAAACGAGCAUUUUCGCUCAUCGUCAAGUGGUUGUUUUCUUUGCUACUGCUUGUAUCACUAUACCGUUGUGUCUUUAUAGAAAUGUAGCUCGUUUGGCCAAGAUUUCUUUUCUUUCAUUAGUCUGCGUUGGUUUUAUUCUUUUGGCGAUUUUAAUUCGGAUGGAUACAAUGUCAACAAUUGUGCCAAAUCAAGAAGAUAGUUGGCGAAUCGCAAAUUUUCGUGGCAUAGUUCCAUCCGUUGGAAUUAUGGCAUUUGCCUUUAUGUGCCAUCAUAAUACUUUCCUUAUCUAUGAGUCUAUAGAAAGGGCUACUCAACAAAAAUGGGAUAUUGUCACUCAUUGGUCAUUAUUUACAUCUUUUUUGAUCGCUGCAGCUUUUGGAAUCAUUGGAUAUGCCACAUUUACCUCAUAUGUUCAAGGUGAUCUUAUGGAAAAUUAUUGUUGGGAUGAUGAUCUGAUGAACUUCGCUAGACUUAUGUUUAGCGGUACUAUUCUUUUAACGUUUCCUAUUGAAUGUUUCGUCACAAGAGAAGUAAUAUUGACAGCUAUUAAAGGAACCGAUGAACUUGAAAAUCAUACAGCUUAUGUACCUAAUUCUGAUCGAAAAUAUCUGAUAAUCACUUUGACAAUAGUAGUAGUCGCUUAUUUAAUCUCUAUGUCCACUGAUUGUCUUGGAGUGGUCCUCGAAUUGAACGGCAUUCUUGCUGCUGUACCAUUAGCCUAUGUUCUUCCUGGUCUUUGCUACCUCAAACUCGAAGAAGGAUCAAUGUUCUCAUCAAAGAAACUUCCAGCUUUGGGAUUGAUGACCGCUGGCAUGUUCGCUGCAACCUCCGGCUUAUUAUUGUUGAUUCUGAAUAGAGAUACUUCUGGUUCCUGUGUACACGGAAAGGUGGGGAGUUCGAGUUAUAACUUGAUUUUCAAAUGCAUUAGAAUGGAAGUUUCGAAAAACGAGCAGAUAGUUGAUACAUAUGAGAAAAUUUAUGGAGAUGAAUGUCGAAUCUGUUUGAAAAAAGCUGUUGAAAUUUGUGAACUUUUUAGAAAUGGGGACACUAUUCCUCGUAAACUUAUGGCUGUUGCCUCAGUACAGGUUAAAGAAGGAGAUGGUUUACCACCAAUAAUCUGUUUGUCUUGUAAUCAACGUUUGGAUGCAUCUUAUAAUUUUAAAUGUCAAAUACAAAAUUCAGAUACAAAACUUCGUCAAAUCUUAAAACUAAAAUCUUCUAAUGAUUCUGUUACCAGCACCAGUAUAGUUACAGCAAUAAUUGCUGAUGUAAUAUCUAGUGUAAUAUCAUCUGAGAAAGAAAAUGUAGAAAAACAAGAAAUUUGUCCUACAAAUUUCUCUCCUGAAAAUUUUUGUUUUAUAAAAGAUGAAACUUCCUUUUGUCUUAAUACACAGGAAAAUUUAUUUUGUCAUGAUAAAGAAUUAGAAAAUCAAUCACAAAAUUUUCAAAAUGAUACAGAGCAACGAAAAAAUUUAGAAAAUGUAAAUGUUUAUAAAAAUUUAUUAAAUGAUAAUUCUGUAAGACAAAUCAAUUCAAUGAAACAAGAAUUUUCUCUAUUAGAUGGUCAUGUAGUACAAAAUAAAGAUAUUUUAAAAGAAGAAGUAAAUAUUGAAGAAAACCAACAAAUGUUAGAAGAAAUAUCGAGGAUGGAUAAUAUUCAAGAUGAUGAAGAAAAACCAUUAAUUUCACGUACAACUAGAUUACGUUGUACCCAAUGUAUUAAGUCAUUUCAUUCAAAAGUGGCUUUACAGAGACAUGCCAUUGUACAUAAACAUAAAACUAAAUUACGUUAUGUUUGUUAUGUUUGUGAUAAACAAUAUUCUACUCUUGCAAAAGUAAAAAAUCAUGUUGCAAUUUGUCAUGAAGUUCAUGAUAGGAAAGAAAAUAAUCAACAUAAGAGAAUUAAAUAUGAGCAAAGCAAAACAAUUAUAAAUGUACAAGAUAAGAGAAUUAGUAAUGUCCAAGAUAAAAAAAUAAAAGUGCAAAAAAAUGAUGAUUUUUCUAAAAAGCAAAAAAAAAACCUAAAAUUCACAUGUGAAGUUUGUUCAAAACAAUUUACUUAUCAAAAAUCAUUUAUUACACAUGCUAAAAGUCAUCCAGAAUAUAAAUUAGAAGAAUCAGAUGAUUUAUCUCAAUAUUCAUCCAAAGGAAGAUCUAUAGAAACUAUUAAAGAAGAAGAAGAGAAUGAAGAAGAAGAUGAGGAAGAUGAAGAAGAUGAAAAUCUUCCUGUUGAAAGUUUACAAUGCACUCAAUGUGGAAAAUUAUUUGCAACAAAAAGGAAUCUUAAAAGGCAUGUUUCUACACAUAGUGGAUUAAAAUAUACUUGUGAAACAUGUGGUAAAGGAUUUUCAAGAAUAGAUAAAUUAAAAGAUCAUGAGCAAUCAAAACAUAAAUCUGAAUUAUUUGAAAAUUCUGAUUUUGAUGAUAAAGAAGAUAUAGACAAUAUAAAUAAAGGAGACUGUUUAGAAGAAAGAAAAAAGGAUCGUCAUAAUAGACCUCACAAAUGUGUAAUCUGUCCUAAAUCUUUUGCACAGGCUCAAUCAUUAGCAAAUCAUAUAGAACGUCAUAAACGUGUCAAAGAAACGCAAAAAAGAUUUCUUUGUGAAGUUUGUAGCAAGUGCUUUGCACAAAGUGGUUCUUUGGUAGCUCAUAUGCGUACUCAUACAGGAGUUAAACCAUAUGUUUGUAACAUAUGCAGUAGAGCUUUUACAAAAAGCACCUAUUUACAAUUACAUUUGCGUACUCAUAGUGGAGAGAAACCUUAUAUAUGUCAAUAUUGUAGCCGGGCUUUUGCACGUGCUAAUACAUUAGCACGGCAUAUAACAAUGCACACAGGAGAAGCAAAAUAUCAUUGUCAAAUUUGUACAAAGUCAUUUAGAAGAUUAACCUCAUUAAAUGAACACACUUAUACACAUACUGGACAGAGACCAUAUGCAUGUAAAAUUUGUACAAAAAGAUAUAAUAAUGCUGGAUCACUUUAUGCACACAGAAAAAAAUGCAAAGCACAGCAAUUAUCUACUCCAGGAUUUGCAGUUUCUGAAGAAAAUUCUGUAUCACAACCAGAUUUAGAUGUUCCUCAAGUUUUGAUUUAUUCUCACAGGAAAUUAGUAGAAGAUGCAACUGUUGGACAAGUUACACCUACACCACAAUAUAUGAUAGCAAACGUACACAAUCAGAAGAAUACAACAUCAAAUAUGAUUCAAUCUUUUUCAGUGGAUGAUCCAAAUGUUUAUGCAAUUAAUUCGAAGCAAUUUAAAAAUCCUUAUUAUACAAUUUAUCCAAAUAUGUAAAAUAAUAACUUGUGCAGGAUAUAAUUGAUUAAAGAAUACUUUUUUUAAA